CCGCGGUUACUUUGGAUGAGUGUGGCUGGAGGAGCAGACAUCACACACAGGAGGCACACACUGCCAUCUCCAGCCACUGGCACAGCACGAGGGAUUUAGCAGCAGGCAUUCUCCUGGGGAUUGGAGUGUAUGGACUUCCCGGACAUAGCUGGAUAACUCAGCACACUUUGCCAUCACUGCAGGCUGAUUCCCCUGGUGGUGCCAGGCGGGCACAGAGAGCGGAUGCUGGGCUCCCGUCGGAUUCAUGUGCUCCUAUGUGAUGCCUUAGGAUACAGUGUAUCCCAGCUGGAGUUCUCAGUGUGGAGUUGAUUCUUUUCCCUUUACUGAUAAGCGGAGUGAGGACUGACCACAUCGGGCGAUUUGGUUGGAUACAGCGCUGAUUUGUCACUGGACUCGCACUGCAUCUCCUCCUGGAAGCUGCACAGGUCCCUGGCCACUGGGUACAGGAUCAGGCAUUGGCUCGGGUGACAGUGCAGCACUAUGGCACUCAGCAGGGACUCUGUAUGGAAGUACAGCCUAGGAGUAUGGAUCCUGUUGAUCAGGACUACUAUCUCCAGAUCGCUAGUAUUAGAGCCAAUUUACUGGAAUUCCUCCAACUCCAAAUUCCUUCCUGGCCAAGGGCUGGUAUUGUAUCCAAAAAUAGGAGAUAAACUGGACAUUAUUUGCCCCAAAGUGGACUCUAAAUCUACUGCCCAAUACGAGUAUUACAAAGUCUACCUAGUGGAUAAAGAGCAAGCAGACAGCUGCACUAUAAAAGACAGAACACCUUUGCUGAACUGUGCUAAACCAGACCAGGAUGUGAAAUUUACCAUCAAAUUUCAAGAGUUCAGCCCAAAUCUCUGGGGACUGGAAUUCCAGAGGAACAGGGACUACUACAUCAUAUCUACAUCUAAUGGCUCUAUAGAGGGUGUGGAUAACCUGCAAGGAGGUGUAUGUGUAACUAAAGCCAUGAAGAUCCUUAUGAAAGUUGGGCAAGAUCCUGACUCUCCGGGUCCAAAUCGGGAUGGAAAUUCAUCUAGACAUCCUGACGAAGAGGCAGGCUCAAAUGGGAAGAGCUCAACAACUAGUCCAUUUGUCAAUAGCCCUGCAAGUUCUAGCACAGAUGGCAGAAACUCUGGACAUACGAGUUUAAUAGGAUCCGAGGUGGCCUUAUUUGCAGGGAUUGCUUCAGGGUGCAUCAUCUUCAUCGUCAUCAUAAUCACUUUAGUGGUGCUGUUGUUGAAAUACAGAAGACGACACAGAAAGCAUUCACCUCAACAUACAACAACUUUGUCCCUUAGUACAUUAGCCACACCAAAGCGCAGUGGCAAUAAUAAUGGUUCAGAGCCAAGUGACAUUAUCAUCCCUCUAAGGACUGCAGACAGUGUUUUCUGCCCCCAUUACGAGAAGGUCAGCGGAGAUUAUGGACAUCCUGUUUACAUUGUGCAAGAAAUGCCACCACAGAGUCCAGCAAAUAUUUACUACAAGGUCUGAGGAUAGUGGUGGCACCUUUUUGACAAUAUUAAGGACAGGAAAGGUCUGUUGCUUCCUGAUGGGGUUUUUUGGUGAUUCCUUAUGCAUAAACAUGGACUUGCAUUGGGGACCAGGCACAAGCGAAAACCUUUCUUCAGAGAAAGCCUCUUUAAGCUGCACAGUUUAUGGGAUCUGAUGGUUCCUGCGGAAAAGUGCUUACAGCAAGCUGGAAGACUAUAACAAAAUGCCCAUUCUGAAAGCUAUACCCUGGUCAUGUUCACCCUCUUUUAAGCCAUGAGCACCAGGCAUCCAAGCGUAUACAAAACCAGGUUAAUAUAGACAGACUCACACGGACAUUCUUCAUUUUAGGCAUUAUAAAGAUGCUUUAGAAUAUUUAUCUUGAAAUGCAAUCGUCUGAUUUAAUAUCAACUAGCUUUCUCAGUGCAUACUGGAUUUGUCAGAAACGUGUGUGUAAGACUUACGAGAAAACACAAAACUUGCAUUUUCUGCUUUUUUAGUCCAUCACUGUUUCAUUUUCUCUGUUGUCUAGGAUGACUUUCACAUGAGACUUCCUUCACUCCACCUCCUAUAUCACUAAUGGAACAUUAACCUUUGACGACUCUUGCUCCAUCCAUUUCUACCGCAGUCACACUCGAAUGGGUAAUAUAUUAUGGAAAUUGUAUUUGCUAAUACAGAGCCUUCCAGCAACGAAGUCAGGCUGCCAGCAAGUCCAGGAGCCCAUAGGAUAAACUGCUGAACGCAGUGAAAAUGCUGCUGCCUCUGAAAUAAGGCGUUGAACAGAAACCUAUGUAGGCAGCAAAGCACUUUGAUAUUUUAGUUUUAGAGAGGCAUAUGAAAUGCAGUGGAGUAAGACUGCAGUUGAAGGCAUUCUGUCUGUCCAGCAGCAAUGUGCCGAAUUGCAGUACACCGUCACUACGAGGUGCAUAAGCAGGUAGAGAAGGGCAAUAGUAAGUGGUUAUGAGGCUAGACUGUUGGAGAUAUAGGCAAUAAGAUGAUGAUAUAUGAAACUCCUAGUCUGUUGCAGACUCAGGUGCUAUACUGACCAUAUUAUUCCUCAGCUAGGAAAAGCUUUCAAUAGCAGAAAGCCAAAUCUGACCUGCGAGUUCUAGUACCCGAGGUCAUAGCAGAGCAAAUAUUCCACAUGUCCGCUUAAAUUAUUUUUACUUCUCAUUGGUAUAUUUUUGGGCAAGCCAUGUUAACCUGGCCCUUAUAGUACGAACAAUUGGACAUUUCUGCUUUGUGGUCAUACUAUCCCGGAGGAGUGCAGCCUAGGAAUCUUAGCUGACAUGGCAUUUCGCUGGUGCUCGAUUUCAAAGAAAAAGCACAUAUGGCAAACAUUUUACAGUUCUUAGGUAUAAAAUAAAUUAUUAGUACGGAGAACAGGAAAGAAUAAAAAAAAAAAGACUUAUUUAAUAGGUGUAUAGCACACAAGGGGAUAUAUAGUAAAAAAAGAAAAUACAAAAAAAGAUUUUACUAAUAUAUAAUUUAAUAUUGCACAGCCUGCCCCGCUAAAAGAUGUGAAAUCCAGUUUGCAGCGAUUAACUAGGCAUUACAGAACGGACGCUGCUCCUGGGGCGGGAAGAAAACAACCGUAGUCCAAAAAUAACAAUAGGGAGAAAAAAAAAAGAAACUAACAAAGCCCUCUCAAGGCGUCUCACACAAGAGCAGACUAGGAAGUUCAAGCCCAAAAAAGCAGGAAAUCAGUGUUACUGCAUCAUCCAUGUAACAAAGAUGAGAAGAUGUUUUUUCCGUCAUUCUCUACGGAAGAAUUUCCUUUUGCCUUAAUGCAACAACGUUACUAGACUACAGCAGGUUACAGAGCGCAAUACCUAGUAUUUCUUUUCUUCUACCUAGUACUCCCCCGUCACCAUCUUCCCUUCUUUCUUUCUGUCGCUUUUUUUUUCUCCUCUCCUUCUUUCUCCUCCAUUUAUGUGCUAUGCAAAACAGAUAUCAUCAACACCGUCCUGUUUCUAUGGUAACACUUUGCUCUCUGAAUUGGAAAGAAAAAAAUUAGUAACAACGUUUUAAGGUUCUCGAGUCUCCAAGGAGCACCUGCAACGGCGAACUGUCAAAGGAUUGAUUGAUCCUUUUUAUGCUUGAACCUGAAAAUUACGUUGGCAUAAAGGAACAGUCGUGUGGUCAUUUAAGCAAAUGCAAGGUGGCAAGUCAGUUAGCCCUUGCAACAGAUAUGAUUUUCUAAUAAUUGAGUGUGAUGCACAGAAUGGCUCACUAUGUAGGUACACAAAGUUGAUGGGAAUUAAUCAUUCUGUGACGCCAUUUCUUUUUUCUAUAUAUAGUUUUUUUUAUAUUUGUCAUCCUAUGUGCUAUGGAAAGGACACUUUUUUUUUAACUCCUUUCACCAUGUCCUUUUACGUCAAGCUGUGAAAAUCUCAGUCACCAAUGCAGCAACCUGCAAAGAGUGUCAACCCAUUUACUUUACUGUCUGUUUUGUGUCUGACGCCGAAUGACAAUCUUCAAUCUGUUCCCUUUCGUCUAAAAGUAGGUUCAGGUUUGGAAUUUUUAUUUUUUUUGUUUCUGUAAAUGCCUUGCUUGUGAGAUCAUAUGAUCCUUAGUCACCCGACUUAGGAAUUUGCACCAUUAUGUCAAAGUGAAGAUGCUGUAAAUAUGUGGAGAACCGUAUCUGGAUUUGGGGUGUGUCCGUAGCCUUAUUCACCUUUUUAAAUAUUAAUAUAGAAAAAAACAAGAAAAUUACACGUGGAAAAAAAAAGACAGAAAAUGGAUUUUCUUAACUAGAUUGUGUACAUAGAGCAAUGUUGGAUUUUUUUACAAAGUCUAAGCAAAAUGUUUUGUAUAAAAUUGAAUUUUUGCUAUGUAUUUAGCUACCGCUUGUUUAAAGGCAGUGUCAUUUCCCUUUGCACUGUAAUGAGGAAGAAA